GUUUUCAAACUCGAACGCGGAGAUAGUCUUCAAAAGACCAAGACGGAGACAGACUCCUUAUAAAUUUUGAAAGUUGUAUUUAACACUCUACAUCCGGACCUUCGAUCGGCCGUUCAUUCCCUUGCGGAGUGAAAAAUUAAAACCUUCGGCAGCGUUCUAACACCCCAUCCAGCUUUAAAAAAAACCCUUCUGCGUGUUCUCUUUCCCCCGCCUCUCAUCUUCCCGGUUGCUCUCUAGGGUUUAUUUGGCGGUCGAGGGUGGGGCCUUCGGUGAUGGGGGAAGUGGAGCCGUCUUCGUCUUCUGCGCCGUCUAUGUCGUCGCCGGUGUCAGAGCAGGGGAAGCUUUUCGUAGGCGGGAUCUCCUCAGAAACGAGGGAAGAGGUUCUCGUGGACCAUUUCAAGAAGUACGGGGAGGUGAAAGAGGUGGUGGUCAUGAGAGACAGGAUCACGGGUAACUGUCGGGGUUUCGGGUUCGUCAAAUUUUUGGAUCCACAGGUGGCGGAGAGGGUUCUUCAAGAAAAGAAGAAGCACGUAAUUCUUGGGAGAACGGUAGAAGUGAAGAAAGCCAUGCCAAGAGCUAAACAAAAUCAAAGUCACCAAGCCCUCCACCACCAAUACGCAAAUCAGAGCCCCUAUCGUAGUAGAGGGUUGAAUAGGAGCAGUACUAACAAUGACAGUAGCAACAGGAAUCACUCUAAAUCGAAGAAGAUUUUUGUAGGUGGUUUGUCUGAUAAUAUCACGGAAGAUGAUUUCAAGAAUUACUUUCAGAACUUUGGUACGAUAACUGAUGUGGUUGUGAUGUAUGAUAGUGCAACCCACCGGCCAAGAGGCUUUGGCUUCAUCACCUUUGAUUCUGAGGAGGCUGUGGAAAAUGUAAUGCAGAAAAGUUUCCAUGAGUUGAAUGGUAAAUUGGUAGAGGUCAAGAUAGCAGUGCCAAAGGAUGGCAAUAAUCAUAGCAAUAACAGCAAUCGCAAUAAUAAUAAUUAUAACUCACAAAUGAUGGGUGCAAGAGGACCAGCAUUUAGUAAUCACCCUGCUGGGAUUUACUCACCUCACACUCCUAGGUAUGGAUUUUUUCAUGGUUAUGCACCACCACCUUGGUAUGCUUAUGGUGGUGGUUAUUAUGGAGGAUAUGCUGUUGGAAGCUAUGGUGGGAUUGGUUAUGGAGUUCCAAGUCCAGGCCCAAGGGGCUUUUGGAAUGUUCAGGAAUUGGUGCCCUCAGGGCGUGGUCUGGUGCCUAACACUGCUACGUAUCCUGUCUAUGCCAAUAGAGGCUUUGGCGGCAGUUUUCGGGGGGUUGCUGCUUUUGAUAAUGGCAUGGAGUACCAAACCAGCUCUGAUGUGCAAACACCAGCUGUUGCUAGUACAGCACCAUCGCAAGUUGAAUCUGUGAAGUUGGAAGCUCAGUAAUAUCUUGGACUGGAGGCAUCACAUUUUUUGCAGCUGCCUCCAUGUGUUUGCUUCAAUGGAAGCAUCGAGAAAGGAGACAUCUGUCGACUUGCAGAGUUUUUUUCAUAACUUAGUCCAUGCUAGUUCAUUCUUUGUAUAUGAAUAUAGAAGAGUGUAAAGAGGGAAGAGCUAAUGAGGAAGGAAAAGAGAUAGGAGACAAGGAUGAGAUCUGCAUGUAGCUUGGAAAAGAAGAAGCAUGUUGUGAUUUUCUAGAUACUUCUGAAGUCUAGGGCCCUAUUUAAUGUAAUAGAUUAACUAGUGUCUUAUAUGCAUCAUUGCAAUAUUACAUCUACCUUAUCAAUUAAAAUUUUAUCAGAGUAAAACUGUUAUCUUGGAACUUUUGUGCUUCAGCAGUACAUUUCUCCAUUUUGAAAUGUUGGGCUUGAAAGAUAUAUGCCAAAUUGGCCUGCUUAUCUUUUACUUUAGAUCCAGAAACAGAUCUGUCAGAAAUAUCUACGAGAUCCAGUCAGUUCUCACUGAAGAGUCAACAUGAACACUGGACUUGAGUCCCAUGCAGUAUGUUUAUGGUGUCCAAAAAUAUUAGAAAUAAAAAUGUGUCAAUAUACUCUAACAUCACAUAUGACAGAUGAAUAUCACAAUGCACUCAACUCAGG